GUAUAUUAUUGAUGCAAAUAGCAAAGAUUUUUCUUCUGCCUGAUUGUUCAUACUAUAACCGUCUUUCAGAAACAAACAAGAAGCUUUACUCACUCGAAUGCAACUUAAAAACAAAAAGAUAGAGGAAACGUUCGAAGAUGUAGAUUUACACGAUAUGUUUGCAACUAUUAAGGUUUAUCAAGGAAAAUUAGCACUAAUAAGGAAAGAAAUGAUUAAUAUUCAUGAGAGAACUUCCAAAUUGAAGAAACGUGCUUUACGCUUGCAACAAAUAAAACAGAAAGAAGCGUUGAACAAAGAGCAACAGCGAGAACAAGAAUUGCGCAGAGAACAGGAACUAAUUGGCAGGCCUAUGGGCAAUCAGUGAUUUCUAAAACUUGAAAAUAAUCUAAUUAAAGCUGAUCUAAGCAUUACUUAUAUAAGAGAAAUAUACAUAGAAUAUAUAUGUAAUAUAUAAAAUAAGAUAAUACGUAAAGUUGCCAUGUAAUGAGUUUUACGCAGCUGUAGUUAUGCAUCCAUGUCAACAAUACUGAAUGAUGGGUUGCCAUUCUACAGGCGUAGACUUUAGUGUUUGACGAUAAUGCAGGUGUUCAAGAUAAAAAAAAAGAAAAGAACAAACGAAGCAUCAGAAAGUUGAAUUUAUUGUAGAGUUUUAAGCAUGCAUUAAAUAUAGGUUAAGCCUUAGAGUCUAGAUUAGUUUAGGUUGUAAUUGGGUCGCAUACUUGUCCAGAAAGGUUAUAAUAAAUCGAUUAAUCUUACCAAAA